GGCGAAACCUAAGAAGCAGCCUGCCAAGAAAUCUGCCAAGGCUAAAGUCCCCGCCGGAGGUGCAAAAGGAUUUGGCGGUGGCAGGAUUGGUAAGGCAGAUGAUGAGGAGACCAGCAGUUGAGAAAGAUUACUCACGCAGAUCAAACUCUCUCGAAACUUGUUGUAUACAAAAACAUGCCUGACUUUAAGCAAAAAAAACCGCAAGGGAGUUUCCACUUAGGAUUCCAACUUACAAGGAAUUUGAGGAGAGCUUUCCGCAGAGGACUUGACUUCAGGAGGAGACGGCGAUAGGGAGGAGGCGACCUGGAAGAAAACGACCCAACACCGAGGUCCGAAAGAUUAUAUGCUUAAUUGAUCGAUCAGAGUCCUCAUUCGCAGCAUUGCGCCAUCGAACACCACCUCCAGAAUUCAGACCCUAGCUAUGGCGCGCCACCUUCAAGUGGCGUUACUCAGUCUCGUUGUCGUCUUCGUGCAUUUUCUUCAGGUGUGGAGUCAUGGAGACACAGGCGACACGGGCUCGCCUUGUAUGCGCAACAUGGGAGUGAAGCUGCAAGCGUUCUAUGUGCCUGGGAGCAUCACUAUCGACGGUCUAGACGUCGACUGGAGCUCUGUGAAGAGAAACUCGUUUGCGUUGAAUCCGGCUCUGACUGAUGAUCCCGACACUGCUUAUCCCAGCGGAUCCAUGGAAAUAAAGGUGGCCCAUGAUGGUCGUGAUAUCUUUUUCCUGCUCCAAAUCCCUGGAGCUUACAAAUUCGAUGUCAAUGAGAAGAAUAUGGCAGCAAUAUCUCUGAUGUUCCCAGUUGGAGACGAUGCUACCUAUCAUAAUAUGGGCGGGUGUCCAGAGGCCUCUACAACUUGCAAUGCCACAAGCUGCUUCGGCCAUGAGGUGGACCUCCUACAUUUUGAAAUAAACCAGGCGAUUCCUGGUCGCUUAUAUGGAGAAAACAUUGCUGACAGCUUGAAUGGCACAGGGAGAGAUAGCUUUGGCAAGUUGAAUGAUGGCUAUGCUUGGAAUCCUCAUUGUCGAUCAUACGAUGGGAUGACACCUACUGGAGUAGUAACCGGUGGUGGCCAAAACAACUGGCGUGGAUCUUGGACUCACAGCACUACAGAUACAAAAUAUGGUUUAGUCGCUGCCGACAGUCCAUACGGAGCUCUGGACGGUACUGGUACAUAUACGUUUGAGUUUGCGAGGCCAUUGCGUACUAAUGAUGCUCUUCAACAGGACGUUCAAUUCACAAUCGGUUCAACACACGGCAUGUCGGCUGCCUUCUGGUAUCCUGUUGCCGGCUCUGCGUGGAUGCCCUAUCAGCAUUAUUCAGUGAGUUGUGAUUGGUUACAACUUGAAAUCAUUACAAAUGGACCAAGCUUGCCAAGCUCCAGCAAACUUGGGAGCGCACUAAGCGUAUUCUCGCUACUAUUCGCCCUGGCGUCUUUGGCCGUGGCUGUGACUGUGGGUUGGCGUAUUCGACAAAGUAGCAGAAUAGCUUUUAAUCCUAUCAGUUCUAGCAGCUUAUGAGAGCUGCCUUGUAGUUUAACUUUAAUUUUAAUACUGUCAGGGUUUUAGUUGUAAUGGAGCAGGAAAGUAUUUGGGUUAGUUUUCAAGCGAAAUUUUAGGGGUUAAUCCUUCUAUAGCUUCAAUGCCUUCUGCUGAGAAGUUGCAAUAGGUCGAGAGUGGCCAGAUCCACUACAAUCAAAAUGCAAUGUGUUCGUCAAGAGCCUAGCGACAUUCCAGAGACCCUUUUGUUGUCUCCAGAAAGAAGCAUACGAAAACUUCUAUUUGCUCGA